AUGGUCACGUUCGACGGAUGGCCGUCCGAAGCACAGUAUACCAACGUAAAAAAACUUGCAGAAGCAGGCUUUUAUUACAUCAACUACAAGGACUUUACACGCUGUUACUACUGCGAUGGCGGUCUGUGCGAUUGGAUGGACACCGACGACCCCUGGGAGGAACAUGCGUGCGUCUAUCCAUCGUGCGAAUUUGUACUGCAGCAGAAAGGCAAGGAAUACAUCGACUUGUGCCGUAAGCGAUGGUUCAAUCAUUUUUCGAACUUGUCCAUAACUCCUCGCUGUUACGUGGAAGACAACAUUUAUCAAAAAGAAGUGGACAUGUGGCUCAGUUCUCCUCAAGUGCAACAGUACAUCAAGAUGGGACUUUCCGAAUCCUCCAUCCGUGCCGCACUCUGGAACGCCAUACGAAAGCAAGGCAGCGGUUUUGAAAAAAUUCAAUACGUGAUGAAGAUCAUAUGUAAAUUGUUCUUGGACCACGAGCCUUCCGACACCACCACCAAUGAAGAGCAAGCACAAUCCGAGUUUCUAAAGAAUCUAGUGUGUAAAAUUUGCCUCGGUGAAGAAGCUAUCAUUGUAACCCUCCCAUGUGCCCAUCUCACAAGCUGCGCUAAUUGCAUCUUUACCUUGCACUCCUGCCCACUGUGCCGUAUGGUCAUCAAAGGGACCAUUCGAGUUUACGUUUAG